AAAGGUGGGAUCACAUGAUUGUCGCAAUGCGCCAAUUUAAACCAAUUUUUAUUGUCCAAAGUUUUACUACAAUAAAUAAAUUGUCACAAUCAAAUUCUCUGCGGUCACAUGAUUGUCCAACUUUUCAUAAAUUUGAUUGCCGCAUAUUGUCUCAAAACCAUCAAGUGACAAUUAUUGUCCAACUUCAGUCACACGAUUGUUCUACUACACGGCAAAUAUCAGAAGCAGCUGCUAUGUGUCAAAGUUUGUUUAUUAAAAAUGUUAAAGCAUUUAAAAAUUUGUUUUAUUAAGAUGUGUUCUUUAAAAAAAAAGAAAAUUGCAGCAGCUAUAAUUAUGGUGUGUGCAUUUGACGAUGAGAAAAAUGAAAGGAAAGAAAAGAAAAAAAAGUAAAUAGAAGUACGUGGGUCAGAGAGUGGCUCACAAAAAGAAGCACUGAUGGUGCAUAUGACAAAACAUUAAUGGAAUUCCGGGAAAUCGAAAACCAAAAGUUUUUGUUUAAAAAUUUUAUCCGGAUGGAUGACGAAACGUUUAUCGAAUUGUUGCAACUAGUGUCACCAUAUAUUAAAAAACAAGACACAAACAUGCGAAAGGCUAUUCCCGAACAAAUACGCUUAGCUGUGACACUUCGAUUUCUUGCAUCUGGUGACAGUUAUAAAAGUCUUUCGGUCUUCUUCCGUGUUGCCCCAAAUACCAUAUCACUUUUCGUACCAAUUGUUUGUGAUGCUAUUUAUAAAGCGUUAAAAGGUGCAUACAUAAAGAUACCAUCCACGCAGGAAGAAUGGAAUGUCGUUGCUUUCAAAUUUAACAAACUAUGGAACUUCCCGAACUGCAUAGGGGCGGUUGACGGCAAACAUGUGCAAAUUAUAGCACCACCUAAUUCAGGAAGCACCUUCUAUAACUAUAAAGGUACACAUAGUAUAGUGCUAAUGGCAGUUGUUGAUGCCGAAUACAACUUUUUAUACGUUGAUGUUGGCUGUAAUGGUCGUGUGUCGGAUGGUGGAGUCUUUGGAGACUGUACUUUUCAACGUGCUUUAAACAAUAAUGAGCUAAAUUUGCCACUUCCAAAACCAUUGCCAGGUCGUCAAGCAAAUGUUCCAUUUGUUUUGGUUGCGGAUGAUGCUUUCCGCAUGCAGAAACAUUUGCUGAAGCCAUAUCCUGGUAAAAGUUUAUCUGCAGGGCAGAGAAUAUUUAACUACAGGCUAUCGAGAGCACGACGUGUUGUAGAAAAUGCAUUUGGCAUAAUGGUCAAGCGAUUUCAAAUUUUUUCACGCCCUUCCAAGCUUAAUGCAGAGAAAACAACCUCUACAACUCUAGCUUGCUGUGCAUUACACAAUUUUUUGUUAAAAAAAAAUUUAAAUUAUACAACGUCGUUGCUUGUUGAUCGCUACGAUGAGGACGGUGCUUUAAUUCCUGGUACAUGGCGAAAUGACUUCCCACUAGAUGCUGUGAGUGGAACAGAAAAUGUUCCAAGUUCUUAUAUAACAAGUGAAGCAAAGGCUGUUCGGGAUGAAAUGGAAAAGUAUUUCAUGUCUCCUAUUGGAGAAUUGAGCUGGCAAUAUAAAAAUAUAUAAAUAAUUUUAUAUAUCAAAUAAAAUUUAAACUUUAAUUUAAAAUCAGAAAAUUUACUAGUUUUAUUUAAUUCAUUUUUAGUAUCUAAAAAAAUACGGACUAGGAAGGUACUUC